ACUCGGCGGCCGCCGGGCCCGGCCUGGUGGGGGGUCUGCGCCGGGUCACCAUGACGACGCCGGCGAACGCCCAGAAUGCCAGCAAAACGUGGGAACUGAGUCUGUACGAGCUGCACCGGACCCCGCAGGAAGCCAUCAUGGACGGCACCGAGAUCGCGGUCUCCCCUCGGUCGCUGCAUUCAGAGCUCAUGUGCCCCAUCUGCCUGGACAUGCUGAAGAACACUAUGACCACCAAGGAGUGCCUCCACCGCUUCUGCUCCGACUGCAUUGUCACAGCCCUGCGGAGCGGGAAUAAGGAGUGUCCUACCUGCCGGAAAAAGCUGGUAUCCAAACGGUCCUUACGGCCAGACCCCAACUUUGACGCCCUGAUCUCUAAGAUCUAUCCCAGUCGGGAGGAAUACGAGGCCCAUCAAGACCGAGUGCUCAUCCGCCUGAGCCGCCUCCACAAUCAGCAGGCUCUGAGCUCCAGCAUCGAGGAGGGGCUGCGCAUGCAGGCCAUGCACAGGGCCCAGCGUGUGAGGCGGCCGAUGCCAGGGUCGGAUCAGACCACGACGAUGAGUGGGGGGGAAGGAGAGCCGGGAGAGGGGGAGGGGGAGGGAGAGGAUGUGAGCUCCGACUCGGCCCCGGACUCGGCCCCCGGUCCUGCUCCCAAACGACCCCGCGGAGGCGGCGCCGGCGGCAGUAGUGUAGGGACAGGGGGAGGAGGUGCUGGUGGCGUAGGUGGGGGUGCCGGAUCUGAAGACUCUGGUGACCGGGGAGGCACCCUGGGAGGGGGCACCCUGGGCCCCCCAAGCCCUCCUGGGGCCCCUAGCCCUCCGGAGCCCGGUGGAGAGAUCGAGCUGGUGUUCCGGCCCCAUCCCCUGCUGGUGGAGAAGGGAGAAUACUGCCAGACUAGGUACGUAAAGACGACAGGGAAUGCCACAGUGGACCACCUCUCCAAGUACCUGGCCCUGCGCAUCGCCCUCGAGCGAAGGCAGCAGCAGGAGGCGGGCGAGCCCGGAGGCCCUGGCGGGGGUGCCUCUGACCCUGGAGGACCUGAUGGGGGUGGCGGGGAGGGUGGGGGUUCCAGCGGAGGCGAUGGUCCGGAGGAGCCCGCCCUGCCCAGCCUGGAGGGUGUCAGCGAAAAGCAGUACACCAUCUACAUCGCGCCUGGGGGUGGAGCGUUCACGACGCUGAACGGCUCCCUGACCUUGGAGCUGGUGAAUGAGAAGUUCUGGAAAGUGUCCCGGCCUCUAGAGCUCUGCUAUGCCCCCACCAAGGAUCCAAAGUGACCCCACCAUGGGUCAGCCAGAGAGGGUGGGGACCUUGGUGUGCCCGCGUGGUGGCUUACUCUGCCAGCUUCAUCUCCCAGUGCGCUCUUGCCCCCAGCUCAGCCAGCCAGCAAGGACACAGAGAAGGACACGUGGCUUUUAUACAGAGUAUCUAAUCAGAUUCUAUAUUGUACAGAACGGGGUGUGCGCCCGUCAACUGCCUUUUCUAUCACCCUUUAACCGCCCAUCUAUUCCAGAGGAUGGAGGCGAAAACUUGCCUUCGUGCCCUCCCACCAACAAAUUUGCUUUUUUCGUCUUUGAAA